CCUUGGGAGGAACUGGGGAAGGGAAUCUGAGUCCCUCCUGACAGCCACACCUUGAACUCAUCACCAAAAUGAAUGCCAAAUGUGCUCCAGAAGGAAACUUAAAAACCACACCAAGGGCACCACAGAGGCCAGACAAUCCGGCCAAACUGGAAGUGCAUUUUACCAGCAAUAAUGGAAACACGUGAAACCAAUAGAGCUGUAAAGACAGCAACUUUCAUUCGACAACAUACUGCACUUUUAAAAAUGCUAUUCCCUUUCAUUCAGUAAUUUCACUUCUGGAGAACUAACUGUAAAGAAAUGGCAUUAAUUUCAUGGUAAUGAUAUUAAAAGCAGAAAAAAAACCAUCGGUAUCAGAAAAUGCAUGCAAGAGGAAAAUAAGGAGUGUGAGAAAAUAUGGAGAAAAAUUGAAUAUUUCAUGUGAUAGAAUAGUCCACUCAGUGGUCCACUGGUUCAUGAAAUUGUGUUCACUGAAGAUUUUUUUAAACAUGAAAAUUGCUUUAGACAUAAAAUUGAUGAAAACGUUAGGAGACAUACAUUUGUACAGUAAAAUUGCACAAUACAUAAACACAAAGGAAAACAUACCCUUGGUAAAGCCCUGGAAAUGUUAACAGCAUCAUUAAGCAACAAAGGUUCUAGGCUUUUUUUCCGUUUAUAAUUUUCCAACUGUUUCCAGCUUUUGUUUAAUGACUACACAUUACUUUCACUGUAAAAAAUAAUUUGGAAAUCUUAUCUAAUUACUUGCUAAUGAAUUACAGGGAGGGUCGAUGAGUGAUGGGUGAUUAGGUCCCUCUCUGUGGUCAAACCAGGAGCAGCUGUCGGGUUUCCUUCUGCCCCGUCGUGCAAGCCCAGCCCAUUCAUUUACGCUCCCGCUGGCUGCGUCUCCAGGGCCCUAAGUGGAGAACUCGACAGAGGGGCCGCUCCCAUUUCAGUCUUGCACCUUCCUACUCAGUUAAUGUACAAUUAACCUUACUGCAAACCAACCAUUUCCUGUGUCAAUUAAAAAGUGGAGGUUUCUAUUGUGAGACCGGGGCAAGUCCUGGACAAAGUAUUUUGUGAGCACCAGUCCUAAUAGAUGUAAGAGGCUUUGCAAAACCUCAGAGCCCUAUCUGGGCCCAAGGGUCAUGUGAUUAUCUGGACAGCGCCCAGUGAGCCCUCAUCAACCUGGCCAGGCCCCUGCUGGCCCCGCCUCCAGCCAAUCCCCGCCCACAGCCCCUGCACAUCACAGAUGCUGACGGGCCUCCUGGCGGUUCCCUGCCCCGCACCAGCUGCAGGCGCAGCCGGCUGCCAGAGCGGGAGGGCAGGGCCGCUUGCUGCUCUGGUCAGAAGCCUCAGUGACAGCAGACCCUUGUCUGCAGCCUCGCAGCACCCUGCCCACUCCUGGGGCUCCCUGACAGCAGGUCAGCCCCCAUGAAACCCUCCAAGGUGUCCCAGCGCUACAGAAGCAUCCGGAGAAAUGCCAGCCAGCACUAUCUCUACCAGGAGUCCCUGCUGCUCAGUAACUUGGAUGACAGCUUUACUGCUGAAGAAGCAGGGGACAGCAACGAUCCAGAGCAGAUCUUCCAGAACAUACAGUUCCAGAAAGAUCUCAUGGCAAAUAUUCGCUGCAGACCCUGGACCAUGAGACAGAAGCUGCAGGCACUGAGACGUGCGAAGGAGAUCGUGCUGAAGUUUGAAGGCAGGUUGACCAGGACCCGAGGCUACCAGGCAGCAGGUGCAGAGCUCUGGCGGAAGCUUGCUCGCCUUGCCAGUAACUUUGUGGUCGUCUUCAUUCCCUGGGAAAUGAGGAUAAAGAAAAUUGAGAGUCAUUUCGGCUCUGGUGUUGCCUCCUAUUUCAUAUUCUUGCGAUGGUUGUUUGGAAUCAAUAUUGUGCUCACAGUUAUGACAGGUGCUUUCAUUGUCAUUCCAGAGCUCAUUGCAGGCCAGCCCUUUGGAAGCACGCCCAGCAAGCGCAUCCCCGAGGAGCAUGUUGCAUCUGCCCAGGACCUGGACACCGUCUGGUCCCUGGGGGGCUACCUCCAGUACUCAGUCCUCUUCUACGGCUACUACGGCAGGGAGCGGAGGAUCGGGAGGGCUGGCUACCGGCUGCCCUUGGCCUAUUUCCUUGUGGGGAUGGCGGUGUUUGCAUAUAGCUUCAUCAUCCUCUUGAAAAAGAUGGCCAAGAACUCCCGCACGAGCCUGGCCAGCACCUCCGAUGAGAACUACACCUUCUGCUGGCGGGUGUUCUGCGCCUGGGACUACCUCAUCGGGAACCCAGAGGCUGCAGAAAGCAAAGCAGCUGCCAUUGUGAACAGCAUCAGGGAGGCGAUCGUGGAUGAGCAGGAGAAGAAGAAAAAGAGAAACCUGGCAGUGACCGUCUGCCUGAGGGUCAUCGCCAACGUCCUGGUGCUCGUCUCGCUGGCUGGGAGCAUUUACCUCAUCUACUUUGUGGUGGACCGGUCCCAGAAGCUGGAGCAGUCCAAGAAGGAGCUGACCCUCUGGGAAAAGAAUGAGGUGGGCGUGGUGGUCUCACUCGUCACCAUGCUGGCACCAUCAGCCUUUGACCUCAUCGCUGCCCUGGAGAUGUACCACCCGCGAACCUCGCUGCGCUUCCAGCUGGCCAGGGUCCUCGUGCUGUACCUGGGGAACCUCUACAGUCUCAUCAUCGCACUCUUGGACAAAGUGAACAGCAUGAACACUGAGGAAGCUGCCACAAAAAACAGCACAAGUCCCUGGAUAGAUCCUACAGUCUUCGCUUCCACCAGGACGGUCCCUAUGGAACAGAAAUGGUCCACACCUGGGCCUGGGGGAGAGCCCGGGAGGAACAGCACGUGGGCCCCAGGAGGGGCUGGCGCCCCCACGGCCACCUCGCCUCUCUCAGAGGCCAACAGGACUGCCGUCUACCCGCAGGGUCUGCAGGACCAGUGCUGGGAGACAUACGUGGGGCAGGAGAUGCUGAAGCUUUCCAUCAUCGAUAUGCUCUUCACCGUGGCCAGCAUUCUGCUCAUAGACUUCUUCCGAGGACUCUUCGUCCGAUACUUAAGUGACUUUUGGUGCUGGGACCUGGAAAGCAAGUGUCCUGAAUACGGAGAAUUCAAAAUAGCGGAGAACGUGUUACAUUUAGUCUACAACCAAGGCAUGAUUUGGAUGGGCGCCUUCUUCUCCCCAUGUCUCCCAGCAUUCAACGUCCUCAAGCUGAUUGGGCUCAUGUACCUGAGGAGCUGGGCGGUGCUGACCUGCAACGUCCCCCACCAGCAGGUUUUCCGAGCUUCCAGGUCCAACAACUUCUACCUGGCGAUGCUGCUGUUCAUGCUCUUCCUCUGCAUGCUGCCCACCAUUUUUGCUAUCGUCCGGUACAAGCCGUCACUCAGCUGUGGGCCUUUCAGUGGACAAGAGAAAAUUUAUGACAUCGUGUCAGAAACGAUUGCAGAGGACUUCCCUGCGUGGCUCGGCUCUGUGGCCAGCCACAUCAGCAGCCCCGUGACUGUCCUGCCGGCCCUGCUGCUGCUUAUCAUGCUCAUCUACUACCUUCAGAGCAUUGCAAGAUCGUUAAAGCUUAGCAACCAUCAGCUCAAGCUGCAGAUCCAAAACGCAAGAACUGAAGAUAAGAAAAAGGUCACCCAAAUGAUAGAAGCCCGAAUGCAAAGCCAAGAGGAGGGCAGCAGGAGGCUCCCGAAGGAGAGCGGUCCCUGCAGCCAGCUGUCCUCGGCGACCUCGCGGACCCCCCAGAACAAUGGCGAUGUAGCCAGCGUUGACUUGUCACGCAGCAGGGGUGGCCGGGCAGACACCGUCACGCAGCCCGAGCCUCAGGGUCCCCAGCCAGCGCCUGGCCAGCCCGGCUCACCUCUUCCUGGCAUCUCCAAAUCCAAGCCGGAGCUCACUGCUAACAGGUACCAGCGGGGCCCGCGUGCAGGCCCAAGGGACCCUCCCACCAGCCCCUGGACCAGCCCCUGCACGCCGGUGAUGGCUGGGAGGCACACCGAGCGUGUUCGCUCAGAGCCUCCUUUCAGAAAAGACGUCCAGCACCGCCGCCCUCCCCGUCAUGGGCCAGGGGUCUCGGCUGGGGCACUGCACGCUCCCAGGCCCCACACCUCCCAAUACUACAUCGUUAACGACUGUGACUGUCACAGAGACAUCCAUCCGACUUUCUGGCCAGAAAGACAUUUCAAGGUAGAUGCCUUACAAGGCGCGGUGGAGAUGAGCCCCAAGAGCACACGGCAGUGUGUGUCCCGGGCCCCGCGGCAGGUGAGUGACGAGGAGGAGGAGACCGGGAGGCCCUGCCACCGGCCAUCUCCGACAGGCCCCCCAGGGCCUCCGCAUUGCCAUGUGGGUGGCAGGUCCCACAGCCGGCCCCUGGCCCUGGAGCCCCAGGGCAGGCUGCACCACAAGUCCUGGGGUGACGGUUUUCCAGGCCCGCUUGACAGGCCGUGGUCUGUGCACAGAAAGCCACGGCCCCGGAAGCCCCAGGGCUCCCGGGCCCCUGGGCAGCCCAGAGGCAAGGCCAAGCCCGAGCCAUCCCUCACAGAGUCGGAUUCCGCGUCAGCAGCGUCCAGCACUGACCAGCAGAACAACGGUGCUGACCAGUACCUCCAGCUCGCCUGCAGCUGGGCUAAGUCCCCGCGGUCUGCAGGCCGCCUCGGCGGCAGGAAGGCCGCCUCCAGGCAGGCGCUGGCCGCGGAUCUGAACGACCUCAUCUGCUCAGAUGUCUAGGGCGUCUUCGGGUGUCCCGUUCACAGAGCCCAGGGCUCCGCUGGAGUGCUGGUCCGGCAGUGCUCGGUCCUGCCCUUCUGGAAAGAGAGCCCCACACCGGCUGUGUGGGAGGCCAGUAGGCACAUCCAGGCAUGUCAGCUGGGACCUGAGACCCCCCAGGGCCGCAGCUCCCUGUCCCGCAGCAGCCACACACAAAUGGGCUCCGUCUAGGGAUCUCUUUGUGUGCAGCACCACUGGCCCAUUAGGCCGUCAUUCAAAAGCCUCACUCCUCUGCUGCCAUUCGGGGUGACCGCAACCACCGUCAGGAUGCAGGGCCUCACCUGCAGUGUCCACGCUUGCCCUUAAUCACGAGGGCUCGGCUUGUACUGUGGUGCUGCCUUUCAGCAUGCAAAACUCACUCCCCCCAGAUAAGCACCCAGAAUUGAGGUGGCUGCCCUUAAAGAUAUCACAACACAUUAUUAGUUCACAUGAACAAUCAGUUCAGUAACAAGAGUAACUACACUGUAUUGAGCACUUGCCAUCCUGUGUAUCUGUGUUAAUCAGGACACCUGAACUGAAGCAACACGAUCCCCGAGGAUUAUCGCCUCCUUUACUGGGAAGGUGGGAAUCAAGCUGGCUUCAGGCUCAGUUGGACCCAGGCAUCAAACACCCUCAGGCUUCUGUUUUUCACCUCCAAACCCUUUGAACUUCAUUUUCUCCUACAGCAACAGGCUUCCUCCACGGGGUAGGUGGAGGAGGAACUCAGCCACAGAAAAUGCCAGGUCUCAGACCCAGCCGAUGAGCCCAGGGAAAAGAGCAGAAUUGUCCCUCUCCUCAUGACAUCAUCUUCACCCUGAUGGCAGACCCCCUCUCACUGGCUGUGUGCAGGGUUUUGAUGGCAGUGUGUCCACCAUGAUUAGUCAGAAUUGACCCCUAUCCCUACUUCCAUGAUAACACCUUCCACUCUUAAAUUGUGUCUUUUACGUGUUCUGUCUCCUCCUCCAGACUAUGAGUGCCUUUGGAACAAAAUGGUAUUCAUUCAUUCUGACACAUAAUAGGUAUUAUGCUCAUUUCUUAUUGCUGCAUAACAAACAUAGUGGUUUAAAACAGUGCAUACUCAUCUCCCAGUUUUGUGAGUCAGGCAUGCAGACACGACCUAGCUGGGUGCUGUGCUCAGGGUCUCACUCAAGGCCAGAGCCGGCAUCUCAUCUGAGGCAGGGGUCCCCUUCCAAACUCAGGUGGCUGUUGGCAGAAUUCAUUUCCUUGAGGCUGUAGGACUGAGGCCCUCUGCUCCCAGGGGCAACGCACAUGGCCCUCUCCACAAUAUGGCUGUUUGUAUCUCCAAGACCAGUGAGA